CCAGCGCUGCCCGCGUUGCCACGGCCGGGCCGGGGCGGCCGCCGCGGGACCGACACCGACAUCGGCGCCGAAACGGGCACCGGCAGCGACGCUGCGGCCAAGCAUACCGGCGGGGAGCCUGAGGAACCCGUACCCCAAGACUUGGAAUUUUGCAGACAAUGCCUCUGCCUGCGCAUUCACCUGCCCUUCAUUCCCAGCUAAAGGCUGAGCUAUCUGCCAUUCCCAUGCCUUGCUGGCCGAGUAAAGCCCUGUGAAACCCACAGGGUGAUAAAGGGAAGGAAACUAUGCUUUGAGGAACUUUCCAUCUGGAACAGCUGGUACCUGGGGCACAAUGAGUACCCCAAAUGGGUUUCCGCAGCACUCAAGGGUGUGUCUUACCCGGAGCAUGGAGGGUGGAGCGGUACAGGAUCUGCAGGCAAAAAAAGCUGGAAAAGCAGCCAAAAAGGAGGCUGGGGGUGAUGGGGCACCUCCGAAAAUAGGCACGCCCAUAAGUGAGACCUUUAAACUGCCAGAAGACCUCAAAGCUAAUAUCAAAAUGAAAUCGAUCACUCCAAGGCCCCCUCGGAAGCCCCGGCUGGAACGUGCUGCAUCCCUGGAUGAGAAGAGCUGGAGGAAGUGGAGACGCUUUCGGACAAGCCAGGAAAGUCUGACCGAUCCCAACGAGACGAGCUCCUCGAACGGUUCCCUGCAGGAAGCGUCGCCCAGCCCUCCCAGCAGGGGCAGGGCCAGCCCCUGCAAUCCCUGCGGCCCGCAGGAAUCCUUGCACAGCUCACCAGACGCCUUGGAAGCCAGCCCCGGGGGCAAGAGCAGGGGAGGCGCCUCGGACCUGGGCAAACGCGCCUCCGAGAUCUCCAGUGCCUUUGGGGGGCUCCUGCGGGGCAAGGGCUUCGCCGGGGGCAAACCCCGGCUCUCCCAAAUCAUGCCGGCCCGCCCCCUGCCCCCCAUGGAGCUCAACGUGGCCUCGCACUCGCUGAGGACAGCUAAUAGGAUCGACUCGGAUUGCCUGGAUUACCGGCUUUAUUCUCAGCACAAGUUUGGCAGGGUGAGCAGCAGCCUCAGCGACUCCCGGCUGCAGGGCAAUGGGACUCUCUGUGACAGCUGCUCCACGGACUCCAUGAAAUCCACCUUCAGCGUGCUCACCCCCAUCCGAGCCAAGGAUGUGCGCAGCAGGAGCUAUUUGGAAGGCAGCCUUCUGGCAAGUGGUGCCUUAAUGGGAGCAGAAGAACUCAGCAGAUAUUUCCCUAAUCGGAGUAUGGGAAUCUUUGUGGCCACCUGGAACAUGCAGGGCCAGAAGGAACUUCCAGUGAAUCUGGAUGACUUCUUAUUGCCAACAGAUCCAGACUUUGCCCAGGACAUGUAUGUCAUUGGGGUUCAAGAAGGCUGUCCAGACAGGAGGGAGUGGGAGAUCCGCCUGCAGGAGACGCUGGGCCCGCACUACGUCCUGCUGCACUCGGCCGCGCACGGCGUGCUCUACAUGUCCGUCUUCAUCCGCAGGGACCUCAUCUGGUUCUGCUCAGAAGUGGAGUAUGCCACGGUGACAACUCGAAUCGUGUCUCAGAUCAAAACCAAGGGGGCUCUGGGAAUCAGCUUCACCUUUUUUGGGACCUCCUUUCUCUUCAUCACCUCCCACUUCACAUCUGGGGACAGUAAAGUGAAUGAGAGGAAACUGGACUACAAUAAAACCAUUCAAGCCCUUACACUUCCCAAGAAUGUUCCAGACACAAAUCCAUAUCGAUCCAGCUCCAGUGAUGUCACAACUCGGUUCGAUGAAGUUUUCUGGUUUGGGGACUUCAACUUCCGGCUGAACAAGGAUCGGGAGACGGUGGAUUCCAUCCUGAACCAGAACCCCAACACAGACGUGUCCAAGCUCCUGGUGUACGACCAGCUGACCAGCGAGAUGAGUCGGGGGUCUAUUUUCAAAGGAUUCCAAGAGGCUGAUAUCCAUUUCCGUCCUUCCUACAAGUUUGACAUAGGAAAGGACAGCUAUGACACCACCUCCAAGCAAAGGACUCCCUCCUACACGGACCGGGUCGUGUUCCGCAGCCGCUACAAGGACGACAUCCAGGCUGUCAAAUACUCCUCUUGUCCUGUCAUCAAAACCUCAGACCACCGACCUGUGUUUGCCUUGUUUCGUGUCAAAGUGAGGCCUGGCAGAGACAACAUCCCCCUGGCUGCAGGGCUGUUUGACAGAGAUCUGUAUUUAAUCGGAAUAAGGAGGCGGGCCACAAGGGAGCUUCUGAGACUCCGGGAGCAAAAGGACCAAAGAUCCAGCAGCAUAUGUAGCAUUUCUUGAGCUGAAAGCUCUGCAGUGCUUGUGGUAGAGGUGCCCCAAAAGAGGAUUUCAGACCAUGGCAAACUCUGCAGGGAAUUGUCUGCAUAAGCACCUCUGGCAGUUGCUGUGGCUUGUGAAGAAUGUCUUAAACCUCAUCCUGGAUUCAUUUGCAUGAGCUAAUCCAUGUAGCUCAAGUGCUUCUGCCUAAGAAAAGGAGUCAGUUCUUUAAGA